AUGCAGCGUCGCACGACAAGCCCCUCCCGAGGACUCGGUGGGCGGCUGCAGGGAACUGCAGGCGGAGUGGCACGUCCUGGUGUCAGCAGGCCGAGUGCCGUAGUGCGUGAAUUGCAUAAGAACGACGGAACAAAUCCGCGAGGUGCGCGCGGUCGUCAGAUUGCUUCCGAGAUGGAGAGUCUGAUGGAGGACGUGUACGGCGGUGCCGUGACUCAACGUCCGCCCCCCUCAUCAGGAGCGGGUGGCGAGUACGCACGGUUUAAGACGGCAUUCAACGCAUCUGGCGUGCCGCGAAGCUGGCAAAGCGGCCCUGUGGAUGCAACUGGUCGCUGCUUUAAUGCCAGCGAUCGAAAUCUGCUUUGCAUGGAUGUUCAUAUUAGGAAUAAACUGUGCGUGGUGGGCUCUGCGGAUCAUGGACUCAAAGUUUUUGAUAUCAAGACAGGGAAAGAAAAGAAAAAUCUUUACACCAAAAAUUAUGGGCACACCGAGUGGGUGACAUGUUGUAAGUUCCUUCAAAACACUGGUCAGAUCAUCUCCGGUGGGAUGGACAGUAAACUGUGUCUUUGGGAGGCCACGGGACCGGUGCGCUGCAGCGACCUUCUGGGCCAUACAGGCAGCAUCAGUCAAGUGGAGGUUAACGAUUCAAGUAAAAUUGCCAUCAGUAGCAGUUAUGAUCGUACUAUGCGCCUUUGGGAUUGUGGCGGGGGCGGACGUUGUCUGUCGACGCUAGCUGGCCAUAAGGCACCUGUGAUGAUGUUUUCCUGGUGUGGAGCGCAAGUGCUCUCGGGAGAUCGUCAAGGCACUGCGAAGGUGUGGGAUCUUGAAACCGGUGACUGUCUCGCGACAAUGGCCACCAAACGUGGGCAAAUUGGGUCCCUAUGGCAUCUGCUCCACACGAGUGUGGGCCUCCUUUCCGUCAUUGGCGAUCAGGGAGGCGUUGUUACUGUCCUUGACUUCCCUCGCUUGGGAAGCAAGCCCAUCUUUCAAGAUGUCUUACACCCGGGUGGCGUCGUGAGUGGCAUCCGCUCCAUUGACGAGACACCGUACUUAGUCACUGCGGGCGCAGAUAAAAUUAUACUUACUUUGGACCCCCGUGCAAACUUUUCGACGGUACACCGCUUCACGGACCACCGCGACUUUAUCUACUCGCUUGAAACAUUUGGACCGCUGGUGCUCUCGGGUGGAGGAAACGGCUGGCUGCUUGUGCAUGACACCGUGACGGGGAAGUGCUGUUACGGCCUUGGAGCCAACGCAGCAGCCGUGCGGGAAAUUUUUGCCAGCCCCGAGCAUUUGGUGGCGGCCGGUGAUGACGGCAACGCGAUCGUUUAUGAUUAUCUCUAA